AUGCGAACCGAGAAAGGUAGAAGUGAUGCUAGCAAUGUGCUUCAGCCGAGCAAGCGUUCAAACAAGCAAGCCAGACCUUUCACUGGGCGCUCGCUGAGCAUAUUGGCGGCUACCUUGCUGCUCAUCAGCGUAUGGUCUCUUUCCUCCGCAAAAUUAAGCUCGUUCCGACUAUCUUCUCAGUUUGUAUCUCUACCGGACCGAUAUGUCAUCUGCUCACCGAACGAACGAGGUGUGCUCCAUUUGAGCUCAUCGGACUCUUCGCCCAGGUCCAUCUAUACUGGAGACGACCAGCACUUCGCACAGCAUGAGGGCUUUACCCAAUGCGUCGGUGUUGCUGACGGGGUCAUCACGCACGUCGGAGAAGAGGAAAAAGUCAUUGCUGACAUCUGUGGUCAUCCAGAUGCUGCCAGCCGAACAGGUCAACAGAGAUGGCGCGGCCCACGUAGCAACAAAGCAACACGCCUCAACCGAAAUAGCAAUGCGAAGAAUGGCGGAGCGCUACGCAGGAAGGACAAAUGCGUUGUACGCCGGCUCAAAGCAGGACAGACGCUUUUUCCAGGAUUUCACGAUGCUCAUGGUCACAUUCUCGACUAUGGCUGGUCCCGUACUGUCGUCAAUCUAGUCGGCUCCAUGUCGGUCCAAGAAGUGAUUGAGCGUCUGGAGGAAUACGUGCGAUCGCGCCCGCACCUGAUGGCGUUUACUCUUGCGGACGAUGCAAGCGUUGUCAAAACGACUACUCUGCCCUGGAUCGAAGGCAUUGGCUGGGAUCAGACGAAAUGGACGCCGGCCAAAUUCCCCACCGCGGCUGACCUAUCUCGCUCCACCCUUCUGCGACGCUUUCCCAUCUUGCUUCGCCGCGUCGAUGUUCAUGCCUUAUGGCUCAGUGAAGUUGGACUGGAUAUGAUUGUUCGCGGCGCUACGGGUUUUCCUGGAUCUCCUGAGGAGGACGGCAAAGUCGAAGGAGAGCUCGUUGUGCGCGACGAGGAAGGAAAGCCAACAGGUAUUCUCAUCGACAAUGCGAUGAACUUUGCCUACCAGGUGGUGCCAGAGUGGACGGACGAGCAACGAAGGAUCUUCCUCGAUGCUGCCACCGAAGGUCUGCUGCGUGUCGGAAUCACUGCUGUGGGCGAUGCAGCCACAGACCUCAAAGCUGCUGCUUUCUACAAGAAGAUGGAUGCAGAGGGUCAGCUACGAUUCCGAAUCUACUCGAUGCUUGCUUGUCCACCGGGCGAGCGAAGAUGCGCUCACCGGAUCGAGCAGAUCAAACUCAAAAUAACAGCUACACAGAAAAGCAACCAGAUGUUCACCUCGCGUGCAGUCAAGCUCUUCAACGACGGCGCAUUAGGCUCGUGGGGCUCAGCGAUGUGGAAUGAGUACUCAGACAAGCCUGGGGAGCGCGGUCUCCUUCUCAUUCCAGAGCAAGAGCUACCAGGAUUAGUGGAAUACUGGCUGGAGAAAGGAUGGCAAGUCUGCACGCAUGCUAUUGGAGAUCGUGCCAAUACGCUCACACUCGAUGCUUACGAGAACUAUCUCCGUUCCUAUCCUGGUGUUGCUGCAUCUUCCCUUCGUCCGCGAGUGGAACACGCUCAACUGAUGAAGCCUUCAGACUUGGACCGCUUCGCUCAGCUGAGUGUGAUUGCAUCGAUGCAGCCAACGCACUGCACCUCUGAUAUGGGCUACGUUGAAUCUCGCAUCGGUCACGAUCGCGCAGCUAACGGUGCCUACGCCUGGAAAUCACUGCUAAACGCUAAUGCCAGCCUCGCUCUGGGCUCAGACUUCCCGGUUGAGCUACCAGACCCUCUUCAUGGCAUCUACUCUUCCGUCACACGACUCAACGCACACGGCAACUCACCUCAUGGAAACGGCGGAUGGUUCCCACACGAGCGGCUCACGCGUCGAGAAGCACUCAAGGGGUUCACGCAAGAUGCUGCAUUUGCACAGUUCGAGGAGGACAUCGCUGGCAGUAUCAGUGCAGGCAAGCGGGCGGAUUUCACAUUGCUUGAUCGAAACAUUCUGGAUGAAGAGAACGUAACUCCCGCACUGCUGAGGGCUGCGCAAGUGGAUGCUACCAUUGUCGGCGGAAAGGUCGCAUUUGAUCGGUUCACCACGGCUGCACUGAUCACUGGUCAAGAGCACCGAAACGGCUUCGCCUGGCACCUCAGCGAUGCUGCACAAUACGUAGCAUCGACGAUCUACGCGCGUUUGUCCACUGCAUCGUUGACCUCAACAUCGACCAUCUGGGCAGCCCUCCUCUUCUGCCUUCUCUUCCUUUCCCUCCGUUCCAGCGAUCGAGAAGCGUACCAAUCGCUGUCCUGUCUAGCGCUCAACGUCCGCCCUCCCACCACAGCGUGGAUGAACAUGGGCUUUUGGACACCGCAACUCUCGCAGUCCGAGCUGGACUUUCCACUUGCGUGCCAGACUCUUGCUGAAGAGCUUUACGCAGCAGCAGGGGUGAAGCCAGGGAUGAAGGUGUUGGAUGUAGGAUGUGGAGCAGGGCAGUCGACGUUGCUACUGUUGGAAAAGUACAAACCGACAAUCUUGCAUGCAGUGACGAGCUUACCUGACGAGGCUGCUUUUGGGGCCGAAAGACUGCAGGCACGACUAAGCGGGGACGAGAAAUUUGGCGAGGGUACCCAGAUCAAGGUAUGGGCAGACGACAUCUUACAGUGGCUGAAGGAUGGUGAAGGAGGAGGAGAGAAGUAUGAUGUGAUCAUUGCCCUUGACUGCGCAUUCCACUUCAGCGAUCGAGCAGAGUAUAUCAAUUUGGCUGCAGAGAGACUGAACCCUGGUGGAAAGCUCGCAUUGUACGACUUGCUCUCGGCCUAUCCUGCCCCGCAACCAGGAGCUUCAGCGAACGUGCAGCUCGGCAACCCGCCGUACCCACGCGAAGCGCCUUCGCUGUCAAAGCGUUUCAAGCACUCCUUUACGUGCAUGCUUACAUCUGUCAAACAAGCUAAUCUGUGGUCAGUCGACCGCUACCAUUCCAUUCUUCGCGACCAGAGCUUUAAAGCAGACGACAUCAUGAUGCGCGAUAUCACAUCGGACGUGUUCCCUGGUUUUGCCAGGUUCUUGAAGAGCUUUGCCACUGAAGGAGCGGUGUGGAGGGGGGGUGGUUGGGCGAUGCGAAAGGGUUUGGGCUCAUUCGGUAAUGUGGUAAAGAGCUGGAGUGAAGAGGGAGGCUUGAUCCGGUGCUUCAUUGUCGUUGCUCAGAAAAAGGGCACAGGACAGUAA